UGAUACUCUGCCAAUCAAUCACUACUCCAUCAUACCCAGCCUCCUGUUCUGAGAGAACUACAUUACCCAGAAUCCUCGCGCGAAAAUAACGUCGCAGUCGCCAUGUUGUAUGAAAACCGCUGGUGCCGUGGAUUAGAGUUUAAUCCGAGAGAAAAGAGGGGAGAGUCAGGACGGACUCAACAGAUCACUACUUAUAAAACGCGAGAAAGCAAACAGGUCUGCAACGUAGAUGCGAUAAAUCAACCAAGGGGGGGAAAAAAAGCAACACUUUAUUUUUGGAUAACAAUAAUAGCGUGAAAGAGAAACUGUAAACAUUUUUUUUUCCUGUCUCGCAUUUCCUGGCUCCGCUGAUUUUCAUCCUCCGGCAGAAAUUGACAGCAACUGGGGGUCGCUCCUAUAACCAAGGACACAAAAUUCAGCCUUCAGACACACCGGACUUCCCUACCUCCCCAUUCCCCAGAGUAUAUGUGACUAUACACGUUAGGGACGAUUUUUUUUUUAGACCGGCUCUCCUUGCUUUACACAGGAGCAGCCAUUUACUUUUUCUGUUACCCGAGACGUAGCUAGCCUGCUAGCUAACUCUAUUAGCUAGGUGGUUAGCUACGCGUCUGGUUUUGGUGAGCGAAAGGCAGUUUGGACGAUGUCGACCAAGGACCAGAACAAACUCUCCACCCUUGAGAGGCCCAUUAAAGCGGUGCCGCAUCCCCCGACGACGCGCCUCACCAUGAAGGAGCUCUACGAGGACGGUCGGCCCAAGGUGGAGCUGCUUAAGGCUCACCUGCUGAAGGAAGGAAGGCUGGAGGAGGACGUGGCGCUGCGCAUCAUCAACGACGGAGCCAACAUCCUGCGCCAUGAGAAGUGCAUGCUGGAGGUGGAGGCGCCUAUUACAGUGUGUGGAGACGUUCACGGACAGUUCUUCGACCUGAUGAAGCUGUUCGAGGUCGGUGGUUCCCCCAAUAACACACGCUAUUUAUUCUUGGGCGAUUACGUGGAUCGAGGUUACUUCAGCAUCGAGUGCGUGCUGUAUCUGUGGGCUCUGAAGAUCAACCACCCCACUACACUCUUCCUCCUCCGAGGGAACCACGAGUGCCGGCACCUCACAGAGUACUUUACCUUCAAACAAGAGUGCAAGAUAAAGUAUUCAGAACGUGUGUAUGACGCGUGUAUGGACGCGUUUGACUGUUUGCCUCUGGCCGCACUGUUGAAUCAGCAGUUCCUGUGUGUGCACGGGGGCCUGUCACCCGAAAUCAGCUGCCUCGAUGAUAUCCGCAAGUUAGAUCGAUUUAAGGAGCCUCCAGCUUUCGGGCCGAUGUGCGACCUGCUCUGGUCAGAUCCUGGUGAGGAUUAUGGCAGUGAAAAAACACAGGAGCACUUCUGUCACAACAGUGUGAGAGGCUGCUCUUACUUUUACAGUUAUCCUGCCGUGUGCGAUUUCCUGAUGAACAAUAACUUGUUGUCGAUAAUCCGAGCGCAUGAAGCCCAGGACGCAGGGUACCGAAUGUACAGAAAAAGCCAGACGACGGGGUUCCCGUCAUUAAUCACAAUCUUCUCAGCACCAAACUACUUAGAUGUUUAUAACAAUAAAGCUGCUGUGUUGAAGUAUGAGAAUAACGUCAUGAAUAUCCGGCAGUUCAACUGCUCUCCUCAUCCAUACUGGCUGCCCAACUUCAUGGACGUUUUCACAUGGUCUUUGCCUUUUGUCGGAGAGAAAGUGACGGAGAUGCUGGUGAACGUGUUGAACAUUUGCUCCGACGAUGAGCUCAUGUCAGAAGGAGACGACACCUGUGAAGGUGGUGCUCCGGCUGUUCGUAAGGAGGUGAUCAGGAAUAAGAUCCGUGCCAUCGGCAAAAUGGCCAGAGUUUUCUCCAUACUUAGAGAGGAGAAUGAGAGUGUGUUACAGCUGAAGGGUUUAACCCCCACUGGGACGCUGCCACUCGGGGUGCUUUCUGGGGGCAGGCAGACUCUGCAGAGCGCCACCGUAGAAGCAGCCGAGGCCCGAGCUAUUCAAGGCUUCAACCCUCAGCACAAGAUCCAGAGUUUCGAGGAGGCGCGCGGUUUGGAUCGGAUAAACGAAAGAAUGCCUCCGCGAAAAGACUCGACAGCCAACUCCAUCAACGCCGACAAGAACGGCACCAACGCACAGGCGUAGUGUCCCUCUCGCCCUUUUCAUGUCCCCCUCCCUCUCUCUCUCUUUUCCUCUUUCUCUCUCUCUCUCUCUCUCUCUCUCUUUUCCUCUUUCUCUCUCUCUCUCUCUCUCUCUCUUUUCCUCUUUAUCUCUCUCUCUCUCUCUUUUUCUCGCUCAUCUUAAAAUCACUCCCGGACCGUUUUGUAAGAGAACGGCACUAACACAGGCGAACCCCCCCCCCACACACACACACACUCCAGCUCAAUGAAAACCAACCAUCUCUCUCUCUCUCUCUCUCUCUCGUCCUUUCUCCCUCCAUCAAAUUUCUCUCGGAGAAAACGGCACAACACCGUUUAAAAAAAAAAACAAACAAAAAAAAAAUCAUGUUUUUUUUUUUAUUUAUUUAUUGAUAUACGAUAAGAAAUUAAGAGAAGUUAAGUAUAUAAUGUUGGGGUAAAAAAAAAAAAAAGAUAAAUAAAUAAACAUUUACGAUGAGUAUUCAACGAGUAUAAAACACAGUAUAAAUGUAUAAAUAGCCUUGGAUUGGUGUCAUCACAGUUGAAAUCCAUUUUGUAAUUUUUAAGUUCAUGAUUAAUUAAUUAUUUUUUUUUCUCUGUUUUUUUUGUUUUGUUUUAUUUUUGAAGAUUUGUAGAUUAGCAAAAAAAAAAACAAAUGUCGCGCAUGCUUUGGCAAGUCGGCACGAGAAUAUAGCGCAGAUAUUUCUGAGUUCUUAAGAUAAACACGAAGUCGUCCGGGUUUUGGGGGUUACACACACACACACACACACAAAAUAAAAAAGAAAAGAAAGAAAAAGCUUUCAUUAGUGAACUGCUUCCUUGCCAAUGACGAAGCUCACAGCUGACACAAGUGUUCACACACUGAUACGUACGUGUGUAGCGUUCCUACACUUGAAUGUUUGGGAUUUGAUAUAUAUAUAUAUUUUUUUUUAAUUGUUGAUGUUAUUCUUUGAAUGGGAUUUAAAUCAGUCGGGAAAUGAAGCAACACAAACUUGGUGAAUGGGGAAAAAAUGGGGAAUUGAGAGUGUGUGUAUGUACAUGUGUGUUUCUCCCAUCACACACCCGGUCAUGCCUGCUCCGUAGAUGUUUUGUCGACUGGAUAAUGAUACGAUGCUGCAAUGAUUCAUUAUUUUUGACAGUGUCCUCCUCCUCGGAAAUAAAUAAAUAAAUAAAUAAUGUUCAAAGUUUACACAUGAAGAGUGACAUCAUGAUUGCAGUAACUCCAAACAGUAUAAAAAAAAAUCUGCAUCUGUUGCUGUCACACCGUUUAUACCUUCAGUGUGUAUCCUCAACCUAGCGUUCAAUCUUUACCCAGAACAUGAAUUAUGGUCCAAAGAUGCGUAUUAAAACUGGACAGGUAAUACAUUCAAUCAUAUUUUAAUAUCAUCAUAAUUUCAGCACAGUACAGAGAGGCGUUUAGUUUAGCUCGGAUUAAGACCUUUUUUUUUUUUUUCGUGAACAGACUUCUGGUUUAAGGUUUAGAACAAAAAAAAAAAAAAAACAUCAGCAUCCUAAAAAUAAAUAAAUAAAUUGAAGUAAAAAUAAAAAAAAACUAGCAUGCAUGCCUUACAUUCACCAAAUUUCCCAUUAUGCCGUGUUCUUCCUGCCUUUUUCUUUUUCUUUUAUUUCUUAUGUUUUUUUGGUAUGCUGUUCUAUCUGCUGUAGUAUUAUUAUUAUAAUUAUUAAUUAUUAUUAUUAUUAUAAUUAUUAAUGCAAAGCCAGUUUCACUCCAGUGACUCAUUAAGUGGAUCCACCCCCCACCCCCCAAUAUCACUUUCUCAGUCAUGCUUGUUAAGUUUCCGGGACCAAUUCCCUCGCUUGUAGCUCUGAUCAACUUAAAUCACAUUUCCGUUUGUCCCUUUCCUUUUCACUCGCUUUGAGAUUCUCUAAUCGGUUUUUAAUCCGCCCGCUUUUUCUUCCGCUUUCCGAGGUGAGGCGCCAUGUCGUGUAACUCCCAGUCCCACUGCUUUCGGAAUUUUUCGUCCACGACUAAUUUGCACGUUUUCAGGAUUAUCAAGGGAGGGUGGAAUGGCAGCGAGGACGAGGUCGGAGGGAAAGUCCGACACAGCGAAGAUGUUACGUACCACAGGUUAGAGCUGUUAGGAUUAGUGCAAGUGGUUAUAAAGGAUAUAAUGCAAGUUCAUGAAGUAGGUUAAAUUGCACCAAUGAAACCUCAAAACUGUCUCAGUCGUAGUAUUAUUAUUAUUAUUAUUAUUAUUAUUAUUAUUAUUAUUAUGGGAAGCGAUGUAGACUCACUAAAUUAUUGUUGACUAAAAUCAUAAUUUUUUUUUUUUUUGUUGUUUCAUUUUGUCUGUUUUCUCCGCCCCUGUUCUCUACAAAAUGGGUCCGCAAAAUCCAAAGGCUUUUUUCGUUCUUGUUCUUCUGGUUGUUUAUUUUUCCUGUUAUUUUAUUUCCCUCCCCUCCUCGUCUGACGUAAAGGGGAACUGACUGUGGCGUGAUGUGUGUGAACGUAUUUAGGGCUUUUUAUUUUAUUUUAUUUUUUUUGCAUUAUUAAGGAGUUGAAUAUGGAGAGAUGCUCCGCCUCAGGAGGGCUUCAUUUCUGACUUCUGUUAUGGAUUCCAAACAUAUCUUACAGAAUGUACAGAAAAAUUAAUGUCUAUUAGGAUUUUUAUUUCUUAAUAGCUGAUAAAAGAUGAUGAUGAUGAUUUUUUUUUUUUUCUUUUUUCUUUUUUUUUUUUUUUGGUCAAGUUCUUGUAUUGCAAGGCCUCAACAAAUCUGGGUUUAUGUAGAUGUAUCACACCAUUAGAAGAAAACAAACAACAAGAAAAAAAACAAAAAGAAACUAAAAAGAAAUGUAUAAAAAAAAAAGGUUGGGGAAAAGAAA